UUUUUCAUUCCGUGCUUUUCAAGAACAAAGGACCUGGGGUCUUAUUUGCAGAAAUAUUUUUUUUCCUUGGCGUGCAGCCGUAUUUAUAUUUCUGGUGCAUGUCAAAGUCGUCUCAGUCACUACAGUAAGAGAUAGGCUGUUACAAGGAUCUGUUUUUCACUGGCAUGGGACGGAUUAAAAGAUUUACGGAAUCCUGUCCAGUGCUAAUUUCUGCAGUUCUGUCCGCUACCUUACGUGUAAUCCUUUGACGUAGAAAAGAAAAACGAAAACGUUCUGUGCUGUGAAUUCUGUGCGGUUCAGAAAAACAGAAUCAGCUUUGUCAAGUCUGUGCUUUAAAAGCUACUUUAAAAUCUACUUUACUUGGAUUUUGUGAGUGGUGUGUUUGUACGGGGGUGUGUCUUUUUUUUUUGUCUUUUUUUUUUUUUAGGAUAUCUUAACAGUGAGGGUACCUGUUUUGUAAUACCUGGGGUUGUUUUGUUAUUAUUUAAAUUUGCAGGUUGCAAUAAAAAUAAUAGACAAAACAAGGUUAGACCCAAGCAAUCUGGAGAAGAUUUACAGAGAAGUUCAGAUAAUGAAGCUUUUGAAUCAUCCCCACAUUAUCAAGCUGUAUCAGGUUAUGGAGACAAAGGAUAUGCUGUACAUUGUUACUGAGUUUGCAAAGAAUGGUGAAAUGUUUGAUCACCUGACCUCCAACGGGCACCUGAGCGAGAGCGAAGCACGGAAGAAAUUCUGGCAGAUUCUCUCAGCAGUGGAAUAUUGUCACAGCCACCACAUCGUGCACAGGGAUCUCAAAACAGAGAACCUCCUGCUGGAUGCUAACAUGAAUAUCAAAUUAGCAGACUUUGGCUUUGGAAACUUCUACAAGUCGGGAGAGCCCCUCUCCACUUGGUGUGGAAGCCCACCCUAUGCAGCUCCAGAAGUUUUCGAAGGCAAGGAAUACGAAGGACCUCACCUUGAUAUAUGGAGCCUUGGGGUGGUUCUGUACGUCCUUGUCUGCGGUUCUCUGCCUUUUGAUGGACCCAAUUUACCAACUCUGAGGCAAAGAGUGCUGGAGGGGCGGUUCCGCAUCCCGUACUUCAUGUCCGAAGACUGUGAAACACUAAUCCGACGGAUGCUGGUUGUGGACCCAACCAAGCGGAUAACCAUCUCCCAGAUCAAGCAGCAUAAGUGGAUGCAGGCUGACCUCUCCCUUCAGCAGCAGCAGUCCUUGUCCUUCUCCAUGCAAAACUACAACUCCAACCUGGGUGACUACAACGAGCAGGUCCUUGGGAUCAUGCAGACCCUUGGCAUCGACAGGCAGAGGACCGUAGAGUCUCUGCAGAACAGCAGCUACAACCAUUUUGCUGCGAUUUAUUACCUGCUCCUGGAGCGCCUCAAGGAGUACCGGAGCAGCCAGGUGUCGGCUCGGCCGGCAGCCGGCCGGCAGCCGCGGCCCAGGAGCUCCGAGAUCACCAACACUGAGAUGCCUCAGGACAGUCUCACUAGUGAAACCCUGCGAUCAUCUCUGCUUUACCAGCAACCUCAGAGCCUGAUUCAGCCAUCCUUGCAGGCAGAAAUGGACUGUGACAUAAGCAAUCCACUACAGCCUGUGUUCUUCCCUGUGGAUACCAACUUCAACGGGCUCUUCCGGAACCGCUCCAUCUCCCCGAACAGCCUGCUGGAAACCACCAUCAGUGAGGAAGUGAGGCAAGAGAAGGAGCUGGAAGAUGAAAUUAAGGCAUAUGACCACCCCAUCUGCAUCCCUAGCAACACCAGCAGGAGGCACACCCUGGCUGAAGUGACCACCCAUUUCUAUCAGCACGUCCCUCCAUGUAUAGUCAUUUCCUCCUCUGCCAGCCCCACAGAGGGAACUAGCUCAGACAGCUGCCUUACUUCAUCUUCAAAUGACAGCUCAGUGGCCCUGAGCAGCUGUUUGGCAGGUCAAGUAAUGACGGGGAGCCCGGCCACGGCGAGGAUGACGUCGCCUUUCCUCGCUUCCCAGUCUGACGCUCCCGUGUUACAAGCCCAGGGCUGCAUGGGAGGUGCUUCUCUGCUGCCUGUCAGCUUCCAAGAAGGAAGGCGAGCAUCUGAUACCUCAUUAACUCAAGGCUUGAAGGCUUUUAGGCAGCAGCUGCGGAAGAACGCUCGAGCCAAAGGGUUUCUCGGCUUGAAUAAAAUCAAAGGCUUUGCUCGGCAGGUGUGUCAGUCCUCCUCCUCUCGGGCAGCAAGGAGUGCCAUGAGCCCUUUCCAGCACACACAGCCCAACACCUGCAUGUACAGCAGCAGCGGGAGCAGCAGAGAGGGGAGAAGCCUCCUGGAGGAGGUGCUGCAGCAGCAGAGAAUGCUCCAGUUCCAGCAUCACCAACUACUCCAAACAGCUUGUCCCCAGACUUCCCAGACACCCGCAGCAAGCAGCAUCCCCUCCUCUGACGGGCCAGGUACCUGCAAAGCCUCCAACUCCAUUCUGCUGUCGGAGCUGCAAAGAGAGAACUCGUUUGAGCUGGCCUUUGCUGGCAGCAGCCAGCUGCUCCAACCUCAUUUCUUCGGUGUGAGCGUGUCCCCGGUGUCGUCGGCCGCUCACCUCCUGGACACUCACCUGUACAUCAGCAGCAGCAGCAGCGUCCCCCCGCUCGCCGCCACCUUCUCCCAGCAGCAGAGCUUCUCCGCGCCGUCCCCGAGCUACGACGCCGUCACCCUGCAGCACGGGGACUGUGAGAUGGAGGACCUGACUUCCAGCCAGCUGGGGAAGUUUGUGCUGGUCAAGUGAGAGCUUCGGGCCGCUCUCGUUGCGGGGAACUUUCACCUCUGUUCCGUGGCUGGCUGGCGGCGUGGGGACGAGUGACUCUCAGAAGCAAUAAAUUUUGAAGUAUGUGAAGAUGCUGUCUGGCUCAGAAAGCUGGCAACUUUGUAGGACUGAAACAAGCAAUAUGUAUGUCUUUUUGCUUCUACUAUUCUUGCACUGAACAAAUACGAAUAGAAACUGAAUUUUUUUUUUUUUUUUUAAAAGGAAAAAAAUAAUGAUGGGGCAGAUGGGUGGGGCAUUUGUGGGGGCAGGGAGGGAUGUGGUUGGGGAAGAACUCUUCGGUACUGUACUCAAGUCAGACCAAUACAGCUCUGCUGUUAUGCAAGAUUAGCAGCUGUCAGAAGUGGUGACACAGCAGGGAGAGGCUUUUCAAAGAAGGGACCAGAGCCUCCCUUUUUCACAAUAUUCAUUUAUGGGUUUGUGAAGAUGAUUACCUCUUUUAAAAAAAAAUAAACAGAAAACCAGUGGCAUGCAGCAUUAUGCAUUCAUAGGAGACAAAAAUGGAAGCAUUGCCAUUUGUUGUUUUUCCUUUUCCCUCCUGUUAACACUCAUUUUAUUUAAAGGAACCAACAUCCCCAUUCCACACCUCCCAGAUACACAUACUUUAAAUGAAAACUGUGAACUUCUUGCUUGAUACAUCAGCUGGAAAAGCUCAGCAAGCCCCUCUAAUUAGUACAGAAGCAGUAACUAUUGGAAAUGUGUCCCUUGAUAAUCAGGAUUUAAAUUGCAUAAUGCCUGGUCUUUUGCAGGGAUGUUUGGGAGUGGUGUGUGUGUGUACAUACACACAGGUGCACACAUGCCUAUAUUUUGUUGGUCUGGGUAAUCUUUAGGAAUCUUUUUAUAAACUCUUAAGUUUGUUCAUAUUCUUGCCGAGGCACUGAGGAGGGGAAGCAGCAGCACCUGUGGGGUAAUGGGAAGGGUUUUCUUUCUAAAAAGCCCUCCUGGAGGUUGCCUACAAAGUUGCCUGAGGGGUAUUUCUUAGUGCUGCACAUUGUUAUUUCCGCUGCUAAUUAUGUUUUUAUGCAUUUCAUUAUCAGGGUCCAAACAGAACUGACUCUUGGGGAAAUGUGCAAUAUUGAGGUUAUAAUUAUAUACUGACAAAGACAAAAGGAAUAGGCUAGAACAGAAUUCUACUCUAACAGAGUACAGCUUUUUCUGAACAAAACUGUAUUAAAAGUGAGUAAAACAGCACAAUCUUUGGGUGUUUGUUUUUGGUUGGUUUGUUUUUUGGCAUAUUAGCAAAACAAGGUUUUGCAUUAGAUAGGUGUUUUUCGUAUGGUUUUUAAUGCUGUAUAUGUAUAUAAAUAGGAAGCAGAAAACUAUAUAACACUAGUUAUUUUUUAUAUUUUGUAACAUGCUUCUGUUGUGUUUCUGGUAUAAACCCCAACUCCCCUCCUGAGGCAGA